CAUACAAGGCUGCGUCUUGCCCGUAUUUGGUGCUGUACUUAGAUUCUCAGACCCCGGGCGGGGCCGCGCUGAUUGACAACCCAAGCUCCUGACGCCACAGCGUUGUGUUGCUGCGUUUUUUUUUUCGCGUUGCCGUCUCUGCUGCAGAGAGAGAGAGAGAGAGAGAGGGAGAGGGAGAGCGAUAGAGCAGAGAGAUCUCCCGACUGCCGAGUCGGGAACCGAAAAGACUGGGGAGGAGGGAAAGGAGGAGGGGGUGAAAAAGAGCCCCGCUCAGUUAAAAAAAAAACAACAAAACCAGAGCCAAAAGCAGAAGCAGGGAAAGUAAAGCGGGAGGCAAACGACAAGGCGGAGAGCGUCCCCGGUGAAGCGAUCUCCAACCCGGGGAAGGUCAAGCGGCGUCAGUCCAGCUCCUCGCAUCGAUAUGGAGUUGCCAGCCGCGGGGGAGCACGUAUUCGCCGUGGAGAGCAUCGAGAAAAAGCGCAUCAGGAAGGGAAGAGUCGAAUACCUGGUGAAAUGGAGGGGAUGGUCUCCCAAAUACAACACGUGGGAACCUGAGGAGAAUAUCCUCGACCCUCGACUGCUCCUGGCUUUCCAACACAGAGAAAGGCAUGAACAGUCGAUGGGUUACCGUAAACGAGGGCCUAAACCCAAACACCUACUGGUUCAGCUGCCAGCUUUUGCUCGACGUUCAAAUGUCCCUUCAGAAUUACAGGAUACUUACGUCGAAGAUGAACGAUCAAAGAAUGACAUCCAGCAACAGACCUUCAAACGUAAAUAUCAAUUGAACAGUCAAAAGCUUCAUCAGUACAAACCCUGUAACACAGAGGAACAACGCCAACACCAGGUCACCAAACAUUAUUACCAACUCAACAGCAAGAAACAUCAUCAUUAUCAGCCAGACAUUAUGUAUUCCAAUCAGCAAGCUGAUUGCCAUAGGAGUGAAUCUGAAUUAAACCAGGAGCAACAUCAGUCUACUCACGAACAGGAAGCAUUGCACAGUUUAACGAAGAGUGGAAGUCAUACUCGUGUUGUAGGUUCGGAGAAGCCAGUGAUCAAGGAAAUGGAAUUGAAAUCUGGAAAUGGGCCAGAAAUAGCCAAGGAAAGCGUGAAAAACAAUGGCAUGAAUGGUAGAAUGAAGAUAGUGAAAAAUAAAAACAAAAAUGGUAGGAUAGUAAUAGUAAUGAGCAAGUACAUGGAUAAUGGGAUACAGUCGACUAAAGAUAAGCAUAGUAAGAGUGGGGAUGGAGGGAAUGAAUCAGUGGCAAGCAAGACUGGAGAACGAGAGUUAUGGAUAGUCAAGAAUGGUCAUGGCAAAGGUUCAGCGGUCGAGGAGAGAGCAGAGAAGGUCAAGGAUAAUAAAGUCGAAAAUGGGCGGAAAGACGCAAUAAUGGCUAUUAAUGAAAACAAAAAGGCAGAGGAUGAAAAGAAUGGUCACGUUUCAACUGUGGUGGUUAAAGAGAAAGCUGUUUCAGCACAAAAUAAAAAUUUGAAUGGGGAGGCCGCUGGCACAGAAAGAGAUGAAGCGGCUAAUAUGAAAGAGUUGAGAAGUCAAAAGGAUCAGUACCCCAUGGACCAGAGGCAAUGUGAAAAACCAAAUACAAUGCGAUGGUCCUGUGAUUCAGAAGACCCCAGUAGGGAUGGGCUUUACUCCAAUUUGCCCCAUUCCAGAAAGCGCUAUCUGUCGGAACCCAUUGUGGACAGUGAGGCCAAAAAGCCAAUGACGUGCAGAAGUAUCAGUGUCCCAGGCAGUGCGGUCCAACUGGAGCAAGAGGACCUGAUCGAGACGGAGGCAGUCGAUGGCUAUCGACAUGUGGGAAUGGAUGGAAUUUUGGACUCAAAUCCCGAACAGCCAAUUGACCUGAGCUGCGUCAAAUCCAGGCCGGUGCCUCAGACAGCGACAGCACAACCGGUGGAAGUCGAGGAGAAAGAAGAAGCAGCAAAGGGGGAGAAGCAAUAUCCCUGGACGGGACUGAAACCUUACCUGGGAAAUCUGAUCAUCACAGAUGUCACAGCAAACUGCCUCACAGUUACAUUCAAGGAAUAUGUAACUGUUUGAAGGAGACUUAACCCAGUCCUGGAAUUCAUGUAGAGAUCUUUCGAGUGAAUGCACUCUUUAUCCCAAAUCGUCAUUCUUUAAAUUGAACAGCUUAUAUGUAUGAAAAUGUAUUUAUAAAUAGGCACAUUUAAUAUGUAGAAGUAAAUAUGUUUCUAAAGCCAGACUGGAUUAACUGGCAGUAAAGGACACUCUAGAACAUGCUUUCUUAAAUUUGGAUUUUUAAUUUUUUUUAAGCAAAACUCUAUGAUCUGACACUUAUUUACUAAAACCAUAUUAAAAAUGUUUGAUACAUUAUUUCAUUUUUUAAUUAUCUAUUAUGACUAAUAUUUGUGAUAAUAUGUGUGCUAUUUAAAUGUGCAGAUGCCUUGUAUUUCCUGUCUGUUUGAUAUUUCCAAGGCUGAUGGGCUUGUGCUGCUAUUAUAAAAUUGUAUUUUUUUUGUGCUUGAAUGUAAAUAUGUGAAAACGCCUUUAAUUCACUGUUGCAAUAGUGCGACAGUUAGUAAUAUAAUGGAAGAAUGUUGAUAUUCUGUUUUGUACCCAAGGCACGCCAUUUUUGACCUGGCGUUUAUUACUACCAGCUGAACGGUGAAUAGAAAUUCUAAGAAACGAAUAUGAGUCAUAUUGCUAAUUUGUGACGCUCAUUGUAAAAUUAAUAUGCAGUCGUUGUGAAGUUACUCCCCCGAGGACUCUGGUACUGUUUCUCAGUGAGUAAAAUAAUGAAUGUCUGGAG